AUGAAGCUCAACCUCGGUCUUCUCAUCUGUGCUUCUGCCAUGGUGGCUAGUGCCGCUAGCCACGGCGUGGCGGCGGUGGCGGACACGGCGGUGGGAGCAGUGGUGGCGGGAGUGGUGGUCGAAGUGGCAGCGGGGGCAGCAGUGGAGGAAGCAGUGGUGGAGGAGGCAGAGGUGUCGGCAGUGGGGAAAGGUGGCGGUUAUAUCGGCGGCGGGUAUUAUGCGGGAUCGGUUUGGAUCCCGAGUGACGCCUCCCCAGGUGACUUUUCUCCUGGGUGCAGCCAGGAACAUGGCCAUAUGAUCUGGGCCGCCUGCAAUCCCACCGAUGACAUUGGGAAUGGAGAUCCAAUCCUCGAUGUGCAACCCUAUGAUGGGGGAAAUUGGUGCUGGGUCCUUCCUGACGAAGACAAACACCAUAUUGGGAAGCCCGAUAAACGCAUGACUUGCGACAAGAGAGAUUUCUAUGAGAAGUUGACGCCCGACCAGAACCUCGCGUGCAUGGACCGAGGUGUCCCCGACCAUGGCGGCUGUGGAACUGGAAAGGGCCAGGCGAAAGGCACCAAGGGUUAA